AUGAUGCGCUGGUUUGCGGAGCGCAGACUUACCGUGGAGGAAGCCAAAGAACUGUUUGCCUGGUCGAAGACAUACAUCGAACGGCACUAUAUGGUCCCGAACGCGAGUGGAACCAGCAUCCCGGGCAUCAUCAAGACACUUUGGGAGUGUAUCCACAACCGUCGUAUCGACACGAAGUACAACGUUCUCGGUGAAACCUGGGAGCGCCGCAAACCAAAAAUGCACAAGGCGCUCACUGGCUACGGUGCUAACUUGGAAUUCAAGAAGAAGACAAACGCGGCACCCACGCCCGCCACCGCCACGCCCAUCGUGUCGUCAUCCUCCCCCGUCGUCAUCAAGGAGACCGACGAGGAGAUGGAGAACAUGUCUUGA